AUGCAGAUGAAUGUGUUGAUUAUCUGCGCAUUUCUAACAUGUCUGGGAAUGACCUUUCUUAUCUUGGCCUGUGCCGUGCCCACGCCUAAGAUAUUCUACCCGUUCUUCGUCCUGCUGUUCUACGCACUGUCGGUGCUUCCAGUUUUCAUAGCCAAGCGCACAACGCCGGUGAAUGAGACAAAUCCAAAGACAGAGUUCGCCCUGUUCCUCACGGCUGGCAUGGUAUUGAGUGCCUUUGCCUUGCCCAUCGUUCUCGCCCACUCGGCGGUGAUUACUUGGACAGCUUGCACCCUGACAUUAAUUAGCAAUAUUAUAAAUUAUGUGACCAUUUUCGGCUACACCAUGCGAGAUGAUGAACCUUACGGAAGCAUGUUCUAGGCCUAAGCUGUGAACUAAACGCAUUUUACUAGUAAGCAGGCAUUCUGCACUCUUCCCUGCAGACAUCAACCAAUCUCAUAUAUAAUCAAGUGUAUUCAAAUUAACAUUAACGGCAGUCAAAAUAAACAAGUAGAUAAAAUAA